AACCCGCAGGGCAGCGACCCUCUCCACCCAGCCCCCGGACCCGCCCUUGGCUGGCAGACGACUGUCCAGACUCCCCCGUCGGGCCUCUGUCGCCGCCAGCUGGACCCGACCCUUGGGUGCCCGCAAAUUCUGUCGGGACUUGGAAGCGGUUAGAGGCGUCGGGUCAAGACACACUAACGGUAUCUACAGAUUGUUGCACAUACAGAUCCAGGAUCCUUAAGCAAUUACCACUUCGAGUCAAGGAUUUACUUGAUAUUUUCUUUGGCCUUUAUUUCAUAUCAAGUAACAUUUUAAAAAGAAUUAACACAUUUGACAUAAGGGAACAAAAAAAAUACCACUAGUACUUUCCAAUGCCUAAGAACAGCAAGGUGGUAAAAAGAGAAUUAGAUGAUGAGGUUAUUGAAUCUGUCAAAGACCUUCUUUCCAAUGAAGACUCAGCUGAUGAUGCUUUUAAGAAGAGUGAACUAAUUGUUGAUGUCCAAGAAGAGAAAGAUCUAGAUGCGGAAGAAGAAUCUGAAGUCGAAGAUGAAAGGCCAGCUUGGAAUAGUAAACUACAAUACAUCCUGGCCCAAGUGGGGUUCUCUGUAGGUUUAGGGAAUGUGUGGCGAUUCCCGUACUUAUGUCAGAAGAAUGGGGGAGGUGCAUAUCUUUUGCCAUAUUUAAUACUGCUUCUGGUGAUAGGUAUUCCCCUUUUUUUCCUGGAACUUUCGGUGGGUCAAAGAAUUCGGCGAGGAAGCAUUGGUGUGUGGAAUUACAUAAGCCCUAAACUGGGUGGGAUUGGAUUUGCAAGUUGUGUAGUGUGCUUUUUUGUGGCUCUCUACUACAAUGUCAUCAUUGGAUGGAGUUUGUUUUAUUUUUCUCAGUCUUUUCAACAGCCUCUGCCUUGGGAUCAGUGUCCUUUGGUGAAAAAUGCUUCACACACUUUUGUAGAGCCAGAAUGUGAAAAAAGUUCCGCCACCACCUAUUACUGGUACAGAGAAGCACUGAAUAUUUCCAGCUCCAUUUCUGAAAGUGGAGGCCUAAACUGGAAGAUGACUGUCUGCUUGCUGGCUGCCUGGGUCGUGGUUUGCUUGGCUAUGAUCAAAGGCAUUCAGUCUUCUGGAAAAAUCAUGUAUUUUAGUUCUCUGUUCCCAUACCUGGUACUUAUAUGCUUCCUAAUCAGAGCACUCCUUUUAAAUGGUUCAAUUGAUGGCAUCCGCCACAUGUUUACCCCUAAGCUUGAAAUAAUGCUGGAGCCCAAGGUCUGGAGAGAAGCUGCUACUCAGGUGUUCUUUGCCUUAGGUCUGGGAUUUGGUGGCGUCAUUGCCUUUUCAAGCUACAACAAGAGAGACAACAACUGCCACUUUGAUGCUGUCCUGGUGUCCUUCAUCAAUUUUUUUACUUCUGUCCUGGCAACCUUGGUGGUGUUUGCAGUUCUGGGCUUCAAAGCCAAUGUCAUAAAUGAGAAAUGCAUUGCCGAAAAUUCGGAAAUGAUCAUGAAAUUUUUGAAAAUUGGCAACAUCAGUCAGGAUAUUAUUCCCCAUCAUAUUAACUUUUCAGCUAUUACUGCAGAAGAUUAUCAUUUAGUUUAUGACAUUCUUCAAAAAGUGAAAGAAGAAGAGUUUCCUGCUCUUCAUCUCAAUUCCUGUCAAAUUGAAGAUGAGCUAAAUAAAGCUGUUCAGGGGACAGGUUUAGCUUUUAUUGCCUUUACAGAAGCAAUGACUCAUUUCCCUGCAUCUCCCUUCUGGUCAGUGAUGUUCUUCCUCAUGCUGGUAAAUCUGGGGCUGGGCAGCAUGUUUGGAACCAUUGAAGGGAUCAUCACGCCCAUUGUGGACACUUUCAAAGUGAGGAAAGAAAUUCUGACGGUUAUCUGUUGUCUUUUGGCAUUUUGUAUUGGCCUGGUAUUUGUACAACACUCUGGAAAUUACUUUGUUACAAUGUUUGAUGAUUAUUCUGCCACCCUGCCUCUGCUGAUUGUAGUCGUUUUGGAGAAUAUUGCGGUAUCCUUUGUUUAUGGCAUAGAUAAGUUUAUGGAAGACCUAAAAGAUAUGUUGGGCUUUGCUCCCAACAAGUAUUACUACUAUAUGUGGAAAUAUAUUUCUCCUCUAAUACUCUUAUCACUGCUAAUAGCUAGUAUUGUGAAUAUGGGAUUAAGUCCUCCCGGCUAUAAUGCAUGGAUUGAAGAUAAGGCAUCUGAAGAAUUUCUGAGCUAUCCAACAUGGGGAAUGGUGGUCUGUAUCUCUCUGAUAGUCCUAGCAGUGCUACCAGUUCCAGUAGUCUUUAUCAUCCGACGCUGCAACCUCAUAGAUGAUAGUUCUGGUAACCUAGCAUCUGUGACUUACAAGAGAGGAAGGGUCCUAAAAGAACCUGUGAACUUAGAGGGAGAUGAUGCCAGCCUCAUUCAUGGGAAGAUAUCAAGCGAGAUGUCAUCUCCAAAUUUUGGUAAAAAUAUUUACCGAAAACAGAGUGGAUCACCGAGUCUGGAUACUGCUCCCAAUGGACGGUAUGGGAUAGGGUACCUGAUGGCAGAUAUGCCCGAUAUGCCAGAAUCUGACUUGUAGCUGGGAGAAAAAAUCAGUGGGUUUAUUUGGCUCAUUUUUAUCAAUGAACAUUGGCUCUACUAAGAGAAGCAUUAGGCUUCACUUAUCAGAGGAUGAUCUCAGGUGUGCCAUGGCUGUGAUCUCUAAUCCUAACAGUAUAUGUAAAUUCAACUAGAGCAUUCCUUUGGAUUCUUUGGUUUACAUUUGCACAGAAGGAGUUUCGGACAAAGCUUACAAUAACUGAGGUCCAUUUUUGUCUAAAUUUUUAAAACUACUUUUGGUGUUUUUUCAAGUAUUUCUAUCUCUAAAGAAAAAAAAAGGUAUUACCUCAGUUUCUAAUAAUUUCCGGAUAUAGUAUUGGCAUUACAAAAAUGGUAUACUAUUUAUAAGUUUGCCUUCAGGGUAAUAGUGAACAAUUCUGUCAGCUGGUGCUUCUCAGCACAUUUCCAUAAAUGCAUUGUGUAGAUAAACUGUACUUAUUUUGGUAGCAUUGAUACCUUCUUAGGCAACUAGUUGAAGAAAACUGCAAAAUAUUUUCUUAUGUAAUAGCUGUAUAGAGCAAUAGUAUCAAAGAAUAAGGAGGCACUAACGCUGGGAUGAAAGGUGACUGGGGAUCAUGUGUGUGAUGGCUGUUUAUUUUGUGUAAAAUAUAUGUAUGAAAAUGAUCUAAGAAUGAGUCACUCAGCACUCUCAAGAAUUAUGCAGAUUCUGCAUUUUUCUAUGCCGUGUGCCUAAAACUUACUUGAUAUUUAUUGUGGUUUCAAGAUUACUCAUAGUAUAUUUAUAUAAUAUACUUGCAAUGUAUAUAGAUGUAUAUUAGUACUCUAAGUACUCAUUCGAAAACUUGAAGCAAGAUGGCAUUUUAUUUCAUAUCUUUCUGUUUUGCUUCUGUUUUAUGCAAAUAUAAAUCCUUUUUUAAGUGAUUGUUAAAAUUGUAUGGCAUUACAUUUUAAGCAACAAAUAAACAAAGGUUAAAAAU